AUCAACGCAGAGUACAGAGAUCUAAGAAGAAGUGAAAAUAAUGGAGGGAAAGGAAGAAGAUGUACGAUUGGGAGCCAACAAGUUCAACGAGAGGCAGCCCAUUGGAACGGCGGCGCAGAGCCAAGACGAUGGCAAAGACUACAAGGAGCCACCGCCGGCGCCGUUAUUCGAGCCAGGGGAGCUGACCUCGUGGUCGUUUUACAGAGCUGGAAUCGCGGAGUUCUUCGCGACUUUCCUCUUCCUUUACAUAACCGUUUUGACGGUCAUGGGCGUGGUUCGGUCCAAUGAAGCCAACGGCAACACGUGUAAGACCGUUGGAAUUCAGGGCAUUGCUUGGGCUUUUGGUGGUAUGAUUUUUGCGUUGGUUUACUGCACCGCUGGGAUCUCCGGUGGCCACAUCAACCCGGCGGUGACUUUUGGGCUGUUUCUGGCGAGGAAACUGUCGUUGACCAGGGCCAUUUUCUAUAUGGUGAUGCAGUGCCUUGGCGCCAUCUGCGGCGCGGGUGUUGUGAAGGGGUUCCAACCCAAGCCGUACGACAGGCUCGGCGGUGGAGCCAACGUGGUCAGCAAGGGAUACACCAAAGGAGACGGCCUCGGCGCGGAGAUCGUCGGUACCUUUAUCCUUGUUUACACCGUCUUCUCCGCCACUGACGCCAAACGUAGCGCCAGAGACUCGCAUGUUCCAAUUUUGGCACCGCUACCAAUUGGGUUUGCAGUGUUCUUAGUUCACUUGGCUACCAUUCCGAUCACCGGCACCGGCAUCAACCCUGCUCGGAGUUUGGGAGCUGCCAUCAUCUACAACAACGAGAAAGCCUGGGAUGACCACUGGAUUUUCUGGGUUGGACCGUUCAUUGGAGCAGGAUUGGCAGCUUUGUACCACCAGGUGGUGAUCAGAGCCAUACCCUUCAAGUCCAAGUGAAGAUUUUCAGAUUAUGGUUAAAUAAUAAUGCCUUUGUUCAUCAUCAAUCAAUUGUCGAAAUCCGGAUUGAAUUUUAUGCCUACCUCUUUAUGAUCUAUGUUUUUGUAUGAAAUCAAGUGUGAAUUUAAUGGAUGAAGUGUUCAAGAUUUGUGAUAAUAAAAA